AUCUGCUUUUACUAUGCACGUGGAAGCUGGGCAUUCGGCAGUUCCUGAGGAAGGACCCAAAGACCUUCGCUGUCCUCUUUGCCUAUAUCACACCAAAUAUAAACGCAACAUGAUUGACCAUAUAGUUCUGCACAGAGAAGAGCGGGUCGUUCCCAUUGAAGUCUGCCGUUCCAAACUGUCAAAGUACUUGCAGGGAGUUGUUUUCCGCUGUGAUAAGUGUACCUUUACCUGCUCCAGCGAUGAGAGCUUGCAGCAGCACAUAGAGAAGCACAAUGAACUGAAACCUUACAAAUGCCAACUCUGCUACUAUGAGACCAAACACACAGAGGAGCUGGACGCUCACCUUCGAGAUGAGCACAAGGUGAGUCGUAAUUUUGAGCUGGUUGGACGGGUUAACUUGGACCAGUUGGAACAAAUGAAGGGGAAAACAGAGAGCUCCAGCAGUGAUGAUGAAGAAAAAGAGGACGAGUUAAGCCCCAAGACUGAAGAGAGAGAUCCCAUGAUGUUUCCUGACAGCGGUGCUCCAGAGAAGCGCUUCCCAUGCGAGUUCUGUGGCCGAUCAUUUACAGAAGGCUCUGAGUGGGAGAGACACGUGCUGAGACACGGCAUGGCGCUGAACGAAAGCAAGCACAGGACCAGUGAGGACAGCCAGCCUAAGGAAGACGUAGAAGAAACUGUUAGUACACUGCCAGAAGAAAAAGAAGACAUUGAGAAAAUGGUGGUGGACUACUCCCACAACAGUGAAACAGCAGUCAACGUGGUCGCUGCUGACAAACCUCUCCAAGACAACUCAGAGGCCAAAAUUGAAUAG